AUGAUUGUACGGAAAUUUGGGUUGCGGCAGAGCCGCCAACUCCUCUCCCUGAGUCGUCAGACUCCGAUCUCCAGACGCUUUUUAUCAAACGAGCCCAAAAUUCCGGUAGCAGCACCUGUUACUGAAGUGCAGACUCCCCCCAAGGAGACCAUUGUCCCUUCAGAGAAUCCCCUCCAUGAAGUGAUGCAGGCAUCAAGUCGGCCGCAGGAGCAGUGGAGUGAGGGCCAAAUCUGGGGAAUGUCGGAGAACCGACGACGCAAGUUCAACCGAACUGGUAGCAUCGUCGAAGAAAUCUAUAAUCCCGAAAGCGUACUCGACAACCCACCCCGUCCCUCCGACAUCACACUCGAGCUCCUCCUCGCCUCAGGCACACACCUGGGCCACUCGACAUCACGCUGGAACCCCCAGAACUCGCGCUACAUCUUUGGUAUUCGCGAAGGCGUACACAUCAUCUCCCUCGACGUGACAGCCGCCUACCUCCGCCGCGCCGCCAAGGUCGUCGAGGAAGUCGCCGCACGAGGCGGUAUCAUUCUUUUCGCCGGAACCCGCAAGGACCAGAAGCGAUCCGUUGUUCGCGCCGCGCAGCUGGCGAAGGGCUACCACAUUUUCGAGCGCUGGAUUCCCGGUGCGCUUACGAACGGCGAGCAGAUUCUCGGGCACUGUGAGACGAUGGUCGUCAAUGCGCAGGAUCAGCCACUGCCCGAGUUCAAGCGGGACCUCGCGGAUAGACCGUCCGUGAAGCCGGAUCUGGUGGUUUGUUUGAACCCGCUGGAAAAUGUGGUCAUGUUGCAUGAGUGUGGAUUGAACAACGUUCCGACUAUUGGUAUCAUCGAUACCGAUGCCGAUCCCACUCGUGUGACCUAUCCUAUCCCGGCUAACGAUGACAGUAUCCGCGCUACGAAUCUGAUUGCGGGUAUUCUGGGCCGUGCCGGUGAGGCUGGACAGGCGAGACGCCUCAAGGCUGCUCAACAGGGCAAGACGACCUAUAAGCCUAUAACUGCCGAGCAGCUUCGUCUGGAUCCGUUCACAGGUAUGUUGCCUGGUGCAGAGGAGAAGAAGCGCGUUUGA